GGCCAAUUGUUUGCUUCGAAGUCGACUCUUACUAAUGUGGAAAAAUUUAAGAACUUUUUGAGGUCUAAACUGCUUUUUUUUUCCACAGAUUACUGCUAUUUUGGCGGAACAAGUACUCUCAACUGUGUUUCUAAGCACUGAUGCUCCUGCGGAGGAAGUAAACACCCUUACUGACCUCCUGCCGUCCAACGUACGGGUCGAGCAGUUUUUGAAUGAGACGUCGCUGAAUGACGGAGAAGUGUCAAUUAUCGAUCAGUGGAUUUGUGCACAUGCCCGCUACUUCAUUGGUACUCAUGCAUCAACUUUCUCAUAUCGAAUACAGGAAGACCGGGAGAUUUUGGGCUUUGCGCCAGAAACAACCUUCAACAGGCUCUGUCCUGACAGUGAUGCCAACUGUGAACAGCCUGCCCGAUGGAUGAUUGUUUAUGAGAGUUCGCGAGAGCAGUACGUGUGA